AUGGUGAAUGAUUCGUCAGUUCCUCUUCUGUUGAAUUAUAACUCAACAACUUCUCUGCAUGAAACUGCUAAAAAUGUAGCAGAAGUUCAGCAAGAUUCUCUGAACUGCCAAUAUAAUGCGUGCCGACCAUCUCUAUCACAGGUUGUUGAAGAGGUCAAAGAGCUGUAUACCAUAGCCCUCCCAAUGAUUAUAACAGGCCUUCUAGUCUACGGAAAAUCAGCAAUAUCAAUGUUCUUUAUGGGGAAAUUGGGUAAGCAUGAAUUGGCAGCAGGUUCACUUUCAAUCGGUAUUGCUAACAUCACUGGCUAUUCACUCAUUUCUGGCCUCUCUAUAGGCAUGGAAACCAUCUCUUCUCAAGCCUGUGGAGCCAGACAAUGGCCACUUAUGGGCCAAACCCUACAACGCACCAUUGUCAUUCUCCUCUUAGUUUGUUUACCCAUCUCUCUUUUGUGGCUAAACUCCGAACCCAUACUUCUCUUCUGUGGCCAAGAUCCUGUUAUCUCAUCCAUCGCUUCUACUUAUCUCGCAUUCUCCCUCCCAGAUCUAUUCUUCCAAUCCAUUAUCAAUCCUCUCAAAAUCUACCUGAGAACCCAAAACAUAACUUUCCCUCUUAUGUUGAGUGCAGCUCUUGCUCUUGCUCUGCAUGCACCAUUGAACUACCUCUUAGUCUAUCAUCUAAGCCUUGGCAUUCAAGGCGUAGCUGUGGCUGCGGUCUUAACGGAUUUCAAUCUACUAUUAACCCUUUUGGUUUAUAUCUUCUUUUCUGAUACUUGUGGAAAAUCAUGGCCAGGCUGGUCACUUGAAUGCUUUGUAGAAUGGAGACCAAUUCUCGGCCUGGCAAUCCCGAGUUGCAUCUCUGUGUGUUUAGAGUGGUGGUGGUAUGAGCUCAUGAUAGUCCUUUCAGGGCUCGUGUCGAAUGGCAGUGAGGCUAUUGCCACCAUGGGAAUUAUAAUACAAGCAACUUCACUUGUUUACAUCUUCCCUUCAUCACUAAGUUUAGCCGUAUCAACCAGGGUUGGUAAGGAGCUGGGCGCUAACAGGCUUUUCAAAGCUAAAACUUCUUCUAUCAUUGCCCUAUUAUGCGCUAUUUUCAUGAGCAUUAUCGCCUUGUCGUUCAUGACAACAAUGCGAAAUGUUUGGGGCCAAAUCUUUACCAAUGACACAGCCAUUUUAUCAUUAACUGCUAUAUCCAUGCCGGUGGUGGGCUUGUGCGAGCUAGGAAACUGCCCACAAACCACCAUCUGCGGGGCGUUGAGAGGCAGUGCCAGGCCAACUUUGGGUGCCAACAUAAACUUGGUGUCGUUCUAUGGUGUGGGGUUGCCUAUUGCUAUCUUGAUGGGCUUGCUGAUGAACAUGGGCUUAAUCGGGCUUUGGUUGGGGUUAUUAGCGGCCCAGGCUGUGUGUGCUGUUAUGAUGGUGGGAGCUUUGGUUAGAACAGAUUGGAUGGUGCAAGCCCAAAAAGCCAGAGAGCUCACUGGUACUACCAUGGAAGAUGAAGCAGAGAGGGGUUUAAUAUCAGGACCAGUGCUAAAUUAGAAUUUAACAAUCAAAUCUACACUGUUUAGUACCUUUUAUUUGAA